AAUAGGAUGAAUGCCGAAGGAGAGUAUGGGAUAUGGAAUCACUCGUUCGUAUUUAAUCCAGUUAUAUAGCUGCCCGAACAUCGGAGAGACGGAGACGGUCGCCGGACCGGCAUGGUUGACUCAAUAAAGAGAGAGUGCUGGCCACCGCUCGUCCACUUCGUACAAGAGAUAGACCAAACAGAGAAAGUCACGAUUCUACUUAGAUCGGACGUGGCCAAAUUCCCCUAUUUUGCGAAACAUGCAUCCGGGCGACAAAUAACUCGCAGCACACCAGUCAUCUCCUCCCCCAACCAGGAAAGUCUCGACACCGCCAUAGCCACUGUUCUAUUUGGACGAAACACCACCGUCGUUUAUAGUGGAGGAAGAGGUGCCUCUUGCUAGCUCGUUCGUAUCAAGUUUCCCUCCAUCCAAGUGCUUGUCGAAUGCCAAACGCUUGAAUUGCUCGAUCGAGUCAAUAUAAACGAAUCUCGCUAUGUCAAUUUUGUAUCUCCUGAUUUCUAGGGUUUUUUCUGUUUUUCUCGUCUGCUCGGUCUUCCUCAGCUGCUUUCCAGGAUUGGUGUUGCCGGCAAUUGUUACACUUGAAUCCAUAAAGAUAUAUAAUACCCACCAGUGGCUGCCAAACACAAAACCAGUAGUCUAUUUCCAGUGUAAAGGGGAGAACAAGACGGUGUUACCCGAUGUAAAAGAAGACCAUGUCUUCUACAAUUUCAAGGGUGAAGAGUCUUGGCAGCCUCUGACAGAACUUCCAAGUAAAAAGUGCAAGCGAUGUGGGUUUUAUGAAGAGAAUAGUUUCGUGUCAGAUGAUGUCUAUGAGGAGUGGGAGUUUUGUCCUAGUGAUUUUACCGAGCCUGAUGGAAAAUAUAUACGGUUCAAGGAGAAGGAAUUUAAUGGUACUUUUUUAUGUCCGAAGUGUGUUCCUUCAGCAAAUGCUUCCAAUUCUGCAUCUAGCUCUCAAGAUAGAGGAAAGGGAAUGCAUGCUGCUCUAAUCAUAUUGAUUAGUGUUGUGGUUUCAACCGUAUUGAUUCUUGGAGUGGCAGCUGUAUAUAAAUACUGGCAAAAGAAGAAGAGGGAACAAGAUCAAGCUCGGUUUCUGAAGUUGUUUGAAGAUGGGGAUGACAUUGAGGAUGAACUGGGUCUAGGCGGCAAUGUAAUAUGAGGAAUGAAAUAUCACCUGGUUACCUUUUGUACAGAGAUAUGAUCUUAGAAAAGUACUGUUUGUCGAAAGAAAGAACUUAACUUUUGAACUUAGCGUGCAAUGGUGUAUAUGCAAGAAGUAGUACUCAUAAA